AUGUCUACUAUCCCAUUUAAAAAGAACUAUGUGUUCAAAAACUGGGCAGGAAUUUAUUCUGCGAAACCAGAACGUUACUUUCAACCAACUUCAACCAAUGAGGUUGUCGAGUUAGUGAAAAGUGCCAGGCUAGCUGAAAAAAGUUUAGUUACUGUUGGUUCGGGCCAUUCUCCCAGUAACAUGUGCGUUACUGAUGAAUGGCUUGUUAACUUGGACAGAUUGAACAAAGUUCAAAGGUUUGUAGAAUAUCCUGACUUACAUUAUGCCGAUGUCACAGUCGAUGCCGGUAUGAGGCUUUAUCAAUUGAAUGAAUUUCUGGGUGAGAAAGGUUACUCUAUCCAAAAUUUAGGGUCUAUCUCAGAGCAAAGUGUCGCUGGUAUAAUUUCCACUGGUAGUCAUGGCUCCUCGCCUUAUCACGGUUUGAUUUCUUCUCAAUACGUAAAUUUGACUAUUGUUAAUGGUAAGGGUGAAUUGAAGUUUUUGGAUGCCGAAAACGAUCCUGAGAUCUUUAAAGCUGCUUUGCUUUCAGUUGGAAAAAUUGGUAUUAUUGUCUCUGCUACUAUCAGGGUUGUUCCUGGCUUCAAUAUUAAGUCUACUCAAGAAGUAAUUACUUUUGAAAAUCUUUUGAAACAAUGGGAUACUCUAUGGACUUCAUCUGAAUUCAUUAGAGUUUGGUGGUAUCCUUAUACUAGAAAAUGUGUCUUAUGGAGGGGUAACAAAACUGCAGAACCUCAAAAUGGUCCCGCUAAGUCAUGGUGGGGUACCAAGCUGGGCAGAUUUUUCUACGAGACUUUAUUAUGGAUCUCUACUAAAAUCUAUGCACCAUUAACUCCGCUUGUGGAAAGGUUUGUUUUCAACAGACAAUACGGUAAACUGGAAAAGAGCUCUACUGGUGAUGUUAAUGUUACUGAUUCUAUCAGCGGAUUUAAUAUGGACUGUUUAUUUUCACAAUUUGUUGAUGAAUGGGGGUGUCCUAUGGAUAAUGGUCUGGAGGUGUUACGUUCAUUAGACCAUUCUAUUGCACAGGCCGCCAUAAACAAAGAGUUUUAUGUUCAUGUGCCCAUGGAAGUCCGUUGCUCAAAUACUACAUUACCUGCUGAACCACUGGAUACUUCCAAGAGAGCAAACACUAGUCCCGGCCCUGUUUAUGGUAACGUUUGCCGGCCAUUCCUGGAUAACACACCAUCCCAUUGUAGAUAUGCUCCAUUGGAAAAUGUUACCAACAGUCAGUUGACGUUGUACAUAAAUGCUACUAUUUACAGGCCGUUCGGCUGUAAUACUCCAAUCCAUAAAUGGUUUACCCUUUUCGAAAAUACCAUGAUGGUGGCAGGCGGUAAGCCACAUUGGGCUAAGAACUUCCUAGGCUCAACUACUCUAGCUGCUGGUCCAGUGAAAAAGGAUGCUGACUACGAUGACUUUGAGAUGAGGGGGAUGGCAUCAAAGGUCGAAGAAUGGUAUGGCGAUGAUCUGAAAAAGUUCCGGAAAAUAAGAAAGGAACAAGACCCCGAUAAUGUAUUCUUGGCAAACAAACAAUGGGCUAUUAUAAAUGGUAUCAUAGAUCCUAGUGAGCUUUCCGACUAG